GAAACGGAGAAUCUGCGAGAGUCAGUGCAAUUCGCGACGCGACGCCCUUCGUUCCCUCGAUCCGCGCUCAAGGGGUGGAUCGAGCCGCGAGACUCGAGGGCCGAGCUCGAUAGCAGAGGCUCGCCAGUGUUCACGUGCCGGGAAAACUGCAACACCUUUGCCAUCGUCAAGUGUUCGACGAACGAGAAGAGAAUGAAAAGAUACGAAAGAUUUAUUUGAAACUCGCGUUCACGUGCGUUCGCGUUGCUCAGUGAGACGUUUCGAAGGAGGAUCGAACGAUUUUAGAAACGAUAUAUGUGUCUUCGUACAGUUUCUUGCUCUGUAACCAAUCAUUCGGGGAAAUCGAUCGAAUUUCACUUUUAUCGAACGAUUCCACGAUUUCUUACGGGUCUACGUUUCGCUCGUGAGAAUAGAAAAUGUGCCGAAUCGUGUGUGCUCGAUAGAAAACGUGUACGAUAAAUGGAGUAACGAGAGAGAGAGGGAGAGAAAAGAGGGGAAAAAAUAAUAUUAUUCGGCGUGGCAAAGCCGGCCACGUUGAUAUUCAGCUUUCACCGAUCCGUCCGUGUUUGGAUCAUCGAUCCCAAAGGCCGGUCGUUAGUUUUUCAUAAUCGCAUGAAUCUUCGUAUGGCGCGACGCCACUGCCUCUCCCGUUCCGCCGGAGGAUGUUGGAAAAAUUGAAAAUUAUGCAAACAUAAUUUCCAUCGUGGCGCUCGGUUUCGCAUCCACGCUCGCGCCACAGGCGUACAACCCGUGUAUGCGUCGCCCCGCAAAGUUCAUUGUCAUCGGGGUAGCGACCGACGUAGUUUCAAGUAAAUUUUUCGACCAUCUCCCUUAUCGUUCUAUCUUUCCUUAUUCUUUCUUCCACCUUCCCGAUUUCAAACCUUAAUCAAUCUGAUCAAACCUUAAUCAAUUUUCCAUGAAUACUUGUUUACUUCUCGCCUCCUCCUUCUCUGUCGAAUUUAUCGAGUCUCGCCUUUCCCUUUUCCGCACGACGAGUUCUCUUUUCUUCUCUCGCUCUGUUUCUUCGAUCGUGGCCUUCGAAAUCCCGUUCGAGGCUCGAUCUCGCGCCGAAACAAACGGGCAGAGAAAUCUCUCCCAAUGAGCGAGCGAAGAAACUUGGAUAGUUGAAGAAACUUUUGUUUCUCGCAUCUCCCUCCGUGCGCCACCCUCUCGAGCGUUUCUCGAGCGUGUUGUCGCGAAGCGAUUACGGGCCUCGGUGUUUAUUUCGAAAUCAGGAUUUGCCGAGGGCCGAUCCCCGCUGCAAAUCUGCAACCCGUUAAAUGAUUUUUAAUCGAGGCCCAUUAAACGGAGUGCAUCAAAAUUACAUGAAUAUUUACGCCCCUCGACGAAAUUACGUUUUAAACGAUCCGCCGGCACCGCGGCCCCCAAUGAAAAUUGCAUAUUAAACGUCCUCCUCCUCCCUCCUCGGUAUAAUGUAAACUGAUUUGCGUAAGUAAGUCGCGUUACGAUCGAUUAAUUAACAACACUGCAACGACGAGGGAAGUGCACGGCCGAGAUUUCUCCCUGAUCAGUCGGAUAAUUCGAAUUCGAAUUACGGGGAGGAAAGGGAGCCUCGGAGGGAAGAACGUUCGAACGCCUAUUUUUAUUUCGACCCCAUCCGAUUCGAGCCACUAUCGUACCCGUUAUUAACGCGCGUUGAAGCCGUGCCGCUCCAUGAAUAUGAAUCGUCGCCACCACGCUAAUGCAACGCCACUGGAAAUCCCCUCUGCCCACCCCGAACGUCACCGCCGUGAUUACAUAAUUUAUCGCGCAGCCGAGGAUGCAUCGCCAGAUGGCCGGAUCUGGACUCCAAGGAAAAAACGUUUCGAGAUCUGCGAGGGUAACAAGAGCACGGAUGGAGACAAAAGGCCCCGCGGAGGACGUUUCUCGAACGAAGAUCACGGAUUGAACCGAGGUCGAGGCGGAGAGGUGUUCGCGCAGAAAUCGUGACACGCCUUUGUGAAGGCGUCACCGAUGCCGAGAGCUCGCGGAUUUCUCAUUCACGUUGAUCGUGCACGCGUAUGAAACAAAAAGAAAAAAAAGAGAACAUCCAGGGGUGGAGAACACGGAGACACAAAUCAAAAAAAAACUGGCGCGGAAAUGAAGAUUCAGAAGCGAUGAAAAGUGACUCGGGUCGCGAACUUCUUCGCGAGUCGCGGUUCGUGAAAAACAGGAACGGGCGGCGUAUAAAGUGGCGCUAAUUCAAAAGUUUCUCUAAUUUAAAAGCCGAUAAUACCACGGACAAUUUAACCGCGAACGUCGAAAUCCGCGAAAACAGAUGCCCCGUUUCACGGAUCAUUAACCCUUCCGUGCCUGUGUGAAAUCGCCACACAGUUUAGAUUACUUCUCGCUGGGCUAAUUGCCGCGCAAAACGAUUCGACUCGGCCCCCACCAUUCAAUAUUCAUUCGUAAUCUUAUUUUAUCAUAUGUGUGUGUGUAUAAAAAAUAAAUUUGACGCGUUUCGUUCGAAAUUGCUCGAGCAGGGUGGAACGGGGAUGGAAGGGGACGGGGACAGUUUGAAAAGUUGAGUUAAAAAAAGAAAAUCGAAUUUAAAGUCGCGUGAUAAAAGUGAAGUACAAAAGUGGAUUGAAAGUUUGACGGAUGAUACUUACGUUUCUCUUUCUUACUUUUCUCUUUUCUUUUCUUUUCUUUUCGUUUUUUUUAUAGAAGAGAUAGAAAUAAAAUCGAAGACACGGCGGAUCGGUGCGCGAUAGAAGGGGAGAGGGGCGGCGGGAAAGCGGGAAGAUGAUCGGUGAAGAUGAUAUUAAGGCGGAGGACUGAUUGAAAACGUGGGAAAUGGCGAUUGUCGGGGCUAUUAGUGAGAUGAGUGCGACACGUUUGAGUGUACGGUUGGCCGCUGUUCUGUUCGUUGCUACGACUCUCGUCGAUUCCCAGGUCACAUGGACGCCGAUCUACGUGGGCACCUACAGUCAAGUGGACCUUUGGACGCAAACGACGAACGGGUGCGCGUGCAGUUUUAAUUCGUCGAGCAACGAAUGCGCGUGCUGCGUCCCAUCCGGAGGAUGCAGUUGCGGGGCCGCGUCGCCGGACAGAUGUGCUCAGUGCGGGUUGGAGCAAUACUGCGCCAACAUGUGCAACAUAACGCUCGACAGCAGACAGUUGUUCAGCAAAUCGGAUCGCGGAUUCGGUCAAAUAAAGUCGCCAUCCCUUGAAGGGCCAUCGAGGUGUACCUACAGAUUCGUCCCGGACACGGGGCAAAGGGUCGAGUUGCAGAUCUAUCGAUUGAUCUCUAUAGGACGGCACAACGGCACCGCAUGCGAGGGUGGUUGGCUGCAACUCGAAGGAGGUGGACGAGUUUGCGGCCCCAACGAACGCUUCGAUCGACCUGUCGUGCUGUUCUCCGACAAAUCAGUCCCGAUACUCCACAUGCAGAUAAACGAGAGCACGACGAGGUCCCAGUUCCUCGCUUACUUCAGUUUCUCGUCGAAGGCGAGCGUGUCCGUUGGUUGGCCGGUAAAAGGCGGAGAACCGAAGAACAACACUGAGUGCGACUGGGUUUACAAGGACACCGAUUGCCUGGAUGGAUGCGUGUUGGCCAGCCCCGGAUAUCCUGGCCUAUAUCCACCCAACAUUCGGUGCCUCUAUUCGAUUACUUCCGGUCCCCGGAUGUCCAUCGCGAUUAACUUCACCGCUGUACUUCUGCCCGAGAAGCACUGCACGAGCGACUACAUAGCCGUAUACUCGGGUUCAACAACGUCGAGUCCCCUUCUGAAGAUGCUCUGCUUCAAGAACAAAACGUCGUUGACGUACAGCGGCCGGAAACUGUUGGUCGAGUUCAGAACGGGGCCGGAAGUGCCGCCUUUCGAUUACAACGGCUUCGUGGCGACCCUUAAUUUUAUAGAGAUCACUACGGAAGCUCCGACAACGGUUACCACGGAUAUCACGAAUAAAAGUGUGGACACGACGAAACCGAUCAACGGCGACGGUGGUUACAGCGUGAUGUUCAAUCCGGAUCUCCAGGAUCAUCGUAAAGAUCAAGGCUCGAUAUCCGGAAGCUGCGACCUCGAGGUGAGUGGCGAGAAAGUCAGGUCUGGCCACCACGACACCAGAGGGAAACUGAAGUCCACCACGUGCAAGCUCGUGCUUCAUGGACGUGCUUACGACACUGGACACGUCUCGUUGACCAGUUACAAUCUCAGCGCCCAGGCUUGCCAAUCUUCGAUCGAAAUAUUCGACGGCCCCUCCGAAGGUACCGCGAAAUCCCUCGAGAGAAUCUGCAGUCCUGUACAGCGGCCUCCGCCUCCGGAAUUCGUGCAACAAGAUACAUACGUCGAGCCGAAAAGGUACUCGUCUAAUGGCAGAGAUAUGACGGUCGUUCUGAAACGAGCAACAAACAGCCCCACCGACGAGGAAUACAUGGAUGUCUCUUAUUACUUCCACGAUGAACGCGAGGGUGGCACUCAACAGCCGGCCAGCGUGUGCGACGUCGAAUAUUACGGGCUCACGUCACCGGUGAAAGGUUCCGUGGUCCAUCCGGAUCCUUACCGAUUAUUCGCCAUGGAGAGGCCAAUAAAAUGCAGGCAGCACUUUAUCCCGGCGGCUAAUCAGUCGGUCAUCAUACGCGUGGAGAGCAGUUUGAAGCAGAGUCCGGACAGCCCUUGCAAAACCAAAUGCGGGGAUAGCGGCUGUCAGUGCGUGAGCAACAAGACCCUGGAGAGCAUGGACCACCUUCUGCUCGUCUCUGAAACCGGUCACAUCGUCACCUGCCUCUGUGGAAAUUAUCAGGACUGGCUACCAGUCGGUAUCCGUAGCUGGAUGCCGGUGUACAUCGAAUGGUCGAGAUCCUCGAAGGCAGGCCUCAAUUUCCGUGCGGCUUACGAGUUUAUCAAGGACACUUACUGCGGUUAUCACACAAUGACAAAGCCGGAAGGCGAGGUGAAUGGCGGUGACUUGGCCAGCAGCGGCUUAAAGCUCAAUCAGUAUUAUCAACAGAAAUGCACGUGGAUCCUGAGCUCCAUGACGGAUCGACAGCUCACCAUCGAAGUUAGAUCAACUCAGAACCGUCCCUGCACCGCAUGGAAUUUGACGAUACACGAGUACAGCAGGAACGGUGACCCGGCAGGGCCAAGAUUGCACACAUUUUGCUCGAGGGACACGUACAAAAAUUUCACCCUACCAUGGAAGACGAACAUCGUGGUGGUUAGAUUACAAGCACUAGGAAGGACAGCACCGGAAUAUACGAUGAAAUGGCGGAGCGAGUCUGUAAUUGCAAACACGCACAAGAGCGGGCCAUCGCCAGCACCGAAUCACGUGAUAGACUCCUCGACUGGAAAUGGAUUACUAGAAGCGCGAAACCUAAUUCUGUUCGCUAUACUACUCGCUUACGUGGCCGGUUGUUGAGUCUACUCGACACACCGUGCCCUACACACGUUCCUGUUCACAAUCAGACACAAACUGUUGCGAACGAGCCUAAGAUUUGUACUAUUGUACCACACUGUGUGUGUGUGAACGAACUCGAACAUUAAUAUUAUCGUAAUGACUAGGAUCGUGUUUCCUGAAAGUUCUUUCAGCGGUUCAAUUUUCUUGAAAAAUAAAAAAAUUCAUGGACAGAAAUGUUUAAAGAGCGAAAUGAUUGCAUAAAACGAAAUUAUGGAAGUUUUAAAAGUUUCAUGUUAGUUUUCAUAAAAUAUUACGUCGCUGGUAUUGUGUGAAGUUUUCUAAAAGUUUAGAGGAGAAAAAGUCGGGAAAAACCGUGCCCUUUUGAUGAAAUAUUAAAAUCAGUCGCCAUAAAAUUACCUCGCUUUUAAUCAUACGGGAACCGAAUGUAUUCUAAAUUAAAUAGAUUGCUCGAGAAUAAUUGCAAUUAAACAAAAUUCAUUUCCAGUUCGUUUCUACGCAAAUAUUCGACAAUUAUUUUUUAAAUUGUAUAUUACUCGUCUGCAAUCUAUUUUUUCUUUUUUUCUUUUUUUUUUUUUUUUCAUUUAAAAUAGGAUUUCAUCGUACUGAACAAAGGAGAUAAUGAAAUGUUUAAUAAAGAUUAAUUUGCAAUCAUAGUUCUCGAGCAAACAAGAGCAUCGAAUAUUGAUCAAAGAACACGAAAAUUCUAAAAUGAUUUAAUCGAAAGCUCAAAUAUUUUUCAAUUACCGAUAUUUUAGCGUAAUUGUUCGAUAUUGUCAUACGUAGAUGAAUAUUAACAAGGUUAAAAUUUCAUCCGAUAAAUUGAAGAGAAUGAAUGGCAUGAAAUCGAAUUUUGGAAUUCAACGCUCUAGUCAAAUUACAUAUAUAUAAAUAUAUAUAUAAAUAUAUAUAUAAAAAAUGAAUUAAAUACGAAUCAGAGAAAAUAAGAGAGAAAUAUAUAUAUAUAUAAAUAUAAUUAUAAAUCACACACUCGGUGUAUACCACUCGUUUUAAUUAUAAGAGUUUAAUAGAGCAUGUACAUAUUAUAUAUACAUAUACAUA